UUCGUUUUGGUCAGCUCGUAGUUUCACCGGCAGUCAGGAGAGCAUUCUGCAGUUGGAUUUGGAUAUGGAGGAAGGUGACCUGAUUGAUGACCACAGCAGUACUGACGGUGGCUAUCAGCGACGUCAUAGUGUUAGCCCUUUGCCCCAGAUCAGGGCCUCCAACGAGAAUAGGCUCUCCCGAAGCUCCUCCGAAUCGGACUCGGACAACGAACAUCAACCGUCUUCCAGCCGGCAUCAUUCCAACAGACAAUCGGUGCAGCGGGACAGCUUGCCAACCGGGGACUGUCCGGAAUCGGAUCGUAAUCCGGAUGACAACAACAUCUGCGUUGGUUGUUUGGCUGCGGCAUUGAACAAGAAGAAACACAACAUGGAGAGUACUUUUUCGCAGGAUGAUGCCGAUAGUGAUUCCUUCUCAACCGGCCCGCAUGGUUCCUCCAGUCUUCCGGCCACACUCAAAAAGUACAAAGGCAACCACUCGACCGGAUCGUGCCGUGGCAUGAAUCCGCCGGACCACUACCAUCAACACGUUCCCCAGCAGCCCCAGUCGAAGCUUCCGUUCAAGUUCUACAAAACCGAUCACAGUCAGGGCCGCAGGGUUCGCACACCCCUGAAGAACCUGAUCUCCCAAUCGGUAUCGGCCCCAUGUGACGACGGAUCCCUAACCAACAUCGAUCUGAGCUCGGAAGUGCACGAGGAGUGUUCCGAUGCGCCGGCAGCUAUCGCCGUCCCGGCCAAGCAGCCCGCCCGCCGUUGCUCUCUAUCCCGAACGUCCUCCAGCGGUUCAGACUCGCGCAACUAUGCUCAUCUUCAUCAGCAUCAUCGUCAUCCAGAUGACGGACCAUCAUCGAACGGCGACGAUCCGGAACACGAUGACGAGGGUUCGGACGAAACCGAACCCAACAGUGACAUGGAUCUGAUCGCCACCAAGAGCAGGGACGGCAACGAAGGCGACUGCAAGAAGAAGUGAUAAACGUGAUAUUAGGAUAAAAAGGGUACUUUAAAUUGCUAACGGGUGAAAACGAGGCCGCGCUUUCGUUUCAGUGUAUCUCAUUCUCUAUAGGCUUCUGUGUUUUGGUUUAAAUUUGUUCGGUGUUGACCUGAUUCUGACUCGUACGGAAGCGUACCGCAACGAUUUUUCAAAGCUAGAAUUUAGGUAAAACAUAACUCUUGCUAACUGAUAGUUGACUAAAGCAAAUGUGCGUGAUAUAAAUGUACUUUUACUCUCUCACUCCCUAUCUUCCAGAAAAGAAGGUCAAAUCCAUAGGAGGAAUUUUUCAAGUGUAGCUUGUUAAUCCAUUUUAUAUCGGUUUAGUGUGUUUCGUUUUACGAUUCUUUCCAUACUUUCCGCUCAAGUACUUGAGGCAAUAUUCGACUACUAUUUAGAUGAAAUACAAUCUGAUAAGAACAGUUUUUAUUAGAAUUUCUAGCAAAAUUGUCAAAACAGACACUAAUUAUAGUAGAACAAUAGAUCGAGUAUUCUAAUCCCGUUAAUAGGACAAUUAAUGCAAAUGGAAGUUUAAAGUAAAGCAGAUUUAGAUAAAGCAGAUUUAGAUAAACAAGAGCUGAUUGAAAGUCAUAUGGAAUAUAUUUGAAAAAAAAAGCAGCUAUUUAUAUUUUUACGCAAUUUCAUUUAAGGAUAGUCUUUAGACACCACACGUACUUUUUUCGAUUCAAAUUAUAAAAAUCAUUUACAAAAAAAUUAAGAAUGUGCAUUGAAUAGUUAAGGUGCGAUGAAACAGAGAGUAUGUGAUAUCAUGAAAAGGAGAUUUCAAAUGAAACCCAUGAGUUUAAAUUUAGAUUUAAAUGUUCUCAUAUAUUUUAAUCGCAUCAAUUAAGCUAAAAAUUUAAUCUUGAUAAUUAUAGCUUAUUUUUAUAUGUACAGCAGAAAAGAAGGUUAAUCAACUUUUUUCGUUAAAAUGAUAACAUCAGAGUACUCAGCUUGCCUAUCAUCUUCACCCAAUUAUUCACACCGAAACAUUCAGGUUUUAAAAAAACAUAUUAUCUUGAAGAUCAAAUCGAGAUUUCCGAAAUGGAACAACCAAUGUUAAUUGGGGUCUGCUGUGGAUGCUAAACAAAAAAAAACAAAAUCUGUAUAUCUUGUAUAGAUUUUUGAACCUUUCUUCUGGUGGUUAACAUCGUGAACAUCCAACUAACAUGGUUUUA